AUGAAUAAUUCAUCGAAUGGAUAUGAAAGCAUCCCUGAUGAAUCCUUGAGGAUAAGGAAGAGGGACUCGCUAUUAAGAUAUACAAGACCGUUGUUUAUUAUUACUCUGUUGGUUUGGGGAAUUGUUGUAUUAUUGAAGAUUAUUCAAAAUUUUACUGGUAUUAACGAUGGCAAUAGUGAUGAUAAGUAUCACUUGCCAAAUCCAUUGGUUACCAAUGAUGGCUCUUUGAAAGUAUCCUUUGAGAACGUAAGGAAUGGAACAUUUCAACCUGUUUACCAUUCGUUACAAUGGAUUAAAAAUGUUAAUAAUAAUGAUGAUGAUAAUGGGUUAUACCUAACAGAUGCAAAUAAUACGUUUGCUAUUAGAUCAGUUUUCGAUAAAGAUUAUGAACAAGUAUUAUUGAAUAGUAAAACUUUUAAAUACCAAGGUUCUAAUUUUAGUGUAGAUUCAUUAGUUGCAUCUCCGAACUUGGAGCAAUUAUUAAUUAGAACUAAUACUGUUUCAAAUUGGAGACACUCGACUUUUGGAUCUUAUUUUGUUUAUGACAAAAAUUCAGAAGUUUUUUAUUUAAUUGGUGACAACAUUGCAUUAGCUGAAUGGUCUCCAAAUUCUUAUGAUAUUGCAUUUGUUCAAGAUAAUGACAUUUAUAUUUACUCAACAAAAGCACAUUCUGUUGUAAAUAGAGUUACUGAUGAUGGUUCUUCUCAAAUAUUUAAUGGGAAGCCUGAUUGGGUAUAUGAAGAAGAAGUGUUUGAAGGUGAUAGGGCAUUAUGGUGGUCAAUUGAUGGGUCAUAUUUGGCAUUUGCUCGAAUCGACGAAACUAAAGUUGGUGAGUUUAUUUUACCGUACUAUGUACAACAUGAAGAUGACAUCUAUCCAGAAAUGCGUACAAUUAAAUAUCCUAAAAGUGGUACAAAUAAUCCAGACAUUGACAUCCUAAUUUAUGAUACUUACCAUAAGAGUACGUUCAAGGCUGAUAUUAAUCUUGGAAGUAAAAUAUCACCUGUUCUACUGACAGAAGUUAUUUGGGUUGGAAAUGAUACCGUAUUGGCAAAAACUACUGAUCGUUCCUCCGAUAUACUAACGGUUUUAUUAAUUAAUGCCAAGGAACAAACCACAAACACUGCUCGUGUUCAUUCCUCUGACGACGGAUGGUGGGAAAUCACUCAUACUACAAUGUUUAUUCCUAGUGACGCAUCAAAAGGAAGAUUGGAAGAUGGUUAUAUCGAUGUUUUACCUAUCAAUGGCUAUAAUCAUCUUGUUUAUUUUACACCAUCAAACAGUUCGAAACCUAUAGUACUAACAGAAGGCUCAUGGGAGGUAGUAAAUGGACCUUCUGUAUUUGACAAUGAAACUGGUGAUAUUUACUUUAUUGGCACUAAGAAAUCUUCAACUGAAAGACACAUAUAUGGUGUCAAUAUCAAUUCACCUAAAAAGGUUUAUGAAGUAACUGAUACAACCAAACCUGGGGUUUUCACAAUAUCCUUCUCAUCAGGAGCAAAAGCAGCAUUAUUAACUUACAUGGGUCCAAGUAUCCCAUAUCAGAAAAUUGUUGAUCUCAAAGCAAUUCAAAAAGAUUCUGAGAUAAGAGGAAACACAAAGGGGAGAACAUUAUAUUACCUAGAAGAAAAUGAUAUCUUGCAAGAAAACAUGAAGAAGUAUUCUGUUCCAGUUAAGACAUUCGAUUCUUUACAUUUAGGGAAUGAUUCAUAUGGUAAUGAAGUGAUCGCUAAUUCAUUCGAAAUUGUGCCAAAUGACUUUGAUCCUAAAAGAAAGGACUAUUACCCUGUAUUUUUUUAUGCAUAUGGGGGUCCAAACUCUCAGCAGGUUCUUCAGACAUUCUCAGUUGGAUUCAAUGAAGUAGUAGCAUCACAGUUGGGUGCAUUUGUUGUGGUAGUAGAUGGAAGAGGUACUGGGUUUAAGGGCCAAAAUUUUAGAUCAAUCGUGAGAGAUAAUUUAGGUGAUCUUGAAGCAGUAGACCAAAUAGCAGCAGCCUCUAUCUAUGCUUCUAAGGACUAUAUAGAUGCGGAAAAAAUUUCACUCUUUGGAUGGUCAUAUGGCGGUUACCUAACUUUGAAAACUUUAGAAAAAGAUGGUGGUGAACAUUUCAAGUACGGAUUGUCGGUAGCUCCGGUCACUGAUUGGAGAUUCUACGAUUCAGUUUACACUGAACGUUAUAUGCAUACCCCUCAAGAAAACAGCGAGGGAUAUUUCAAAUCCAGCGUUCAUAACGUAACGAAUAUCGCAGAGGCAAAGAGAUUUCUACUAAUGCAUGGAACAGGUGAUGACAACGUUCACUUCCAGAACAGUUUGAAAUUCCUAGAUCUAUUAGAUAUCAAAGGUAUCGAAAACUACGACGUUCACGUUUUUCCUGACUCAGAUCACAGUAUAAGGUUCCACAAUGCCAACAAUAUAGUCUAUGACAAGCUACUAAACUGGGCAAAACAAGCAUUCAAUGGAGAUUUCGUAAAGUUACGCUAA